GAAGUCAAUGGGGACCAAUGUUUUUGGUUACCAACAUUUUUUUAAAUAUCUUCUUUUGUGUUCUGCAGAAGAAAGAAAUUCACACAGGUUAAAAAUGACAACAGGUUGAAUACAUCAUUACAGAAUUUUCAAUUUAAAGAUGAACUAUUCCUUUAAGGUCUGGUACAGUAUGUACUGUAUAUUCUUGUGAAUAUCGUGUUGUUUCUUUUCUUGCAGUAACUGUCUUCCUGUAUGACUCGUUUAAGUUGAGGAAGACAUUUUUGGACACUUCUGCUUUUGUCAAACUCUUAUUUGAGUGCCCUUGAUAAGAAUCCAUAUGGCAAAAAUUGAGAUCAUUUUCUUCAUUAUCAUCAGCAGCUCUGUGUUACUACACACUCAUUCAGCUGAUGUGUAUUCAGCUUUACUUCCAAACACAGUAACAGCUCUCACAGGAUCUUGUGUACAGAUACCCUGCACAUUUGAUGUCCCUGAUUUUGAUGAGAAACUGCAGAACACAAAACACAUUUAUGGAAUUUGGAUGAUGAAGUCUCCAUACUUUAAUAAAGAAAGUAGUUUGCUAGUGUUUAACAGCAGUGAAAACAUCAUCCAAGGAUUCAGUCACAUAGAGAUGAUUGGAAACCUGCAAAAGAGAAACUGCACCACUGUCUUCUAUAACAUCAUGAUGAAUCAUUCAGACACUUAUUACUUCAGACUGCAAAUGGAGCCAGAUGUGUUCAGAGCAACAUUUAACACCAAUCCAGAUGAUUCAAGUGAUUCACGCAAGACUGUGAGGAUCAAUGUUAUGGAUUCACCACAUCCUCCUGAACUCAGUAUCACUCCACAUGUGUCCAAACAUGUGGAGGGCACUUCAGUCAGUCUGAGGUGUUCUGCUGAAGCUCCCUGCCCCAAAAAACCUCCUACAUUAUCCUGGUCUUACAUCCCCUCAUCUGCCAACAUCACAACACAGAUACAAGAGAAACCUGAUAAAACUCAAUCUGUGAUUUCCACAAUGACCUUCAAUGCUUCAUACACGGAUCACAAGAAGAACAUCUCCUGCACUGUAACAUAUCCAACACACAUCUCUAAAGACACAACUGUGGAAAACACCAUAACGCUACAAGUUCUGUUUCCUCCAAAAAAGACAUCUGUCAGUGUUGAACCAUCUGCUUCAGUCUCUGUGGGCACUAAUGUGACUUUGACCUGCAACACCAAAGGCAGUCAUUCAAAAAACAUUAGCUACACCUGGUACAGACGUGGACAGGAGACACCUCUAGCCUGGAAUAAAAAUAUUACCCUCAUUGUUACUCAUAAUAAUACAGGAUGGUAUUUCUGCACAGCACAGAAUAAAUUUGGCAACCAGAUGUCAGAAGAGAUCCAGCUCAUGAUAAAAGAGCACAAUGGAUCCUCUAAAUCUGUGAUUUAUGGCUGUACAGGAGGACUUCUGACUUUACUUGUGCUUUCUGCAGUAUUUGUUUAUUGUGUGAGGAUGGCAUCCAGUCAAAACAAUAUCAGAGAAAAAGAUCAGAUCGCUGAUGACGAAACACUCAUCAUCUUCUAUGGAGAGACUGACGUGUCAAAGCUGAAGAACUGCUUCAUCGCAGGAACAAAUUUCAGAUGUGAUGAACUUACAAGUACUGUACAGUACACUCAGGUGCCAUAAAGAAUUCCCAUUAAAAAAUUGUAGUCUGUAUCUCGGCCAAUAGUCUUAAUACUGUUGUGCUAGCAAAAGUGUCUGAAAAUUGUGCAACAUUUGGAAUUUUGUCAACAUCAAAAUGUAUUUUGUUAAAUUGUUCCUGUCUGUGAUUAUGAAAAUAAUAUACCAAAUAUAUGUGAAUCUAAAGAUGUUUGACUAAACAGCAGAACAGUAUGAGUACUGUAAAGAUGGUAAAAGUAAAUGUUUUCAUGAUUGUGUUGUAACAUUUUUCCAUCUAUUUUUUUAUGUAUUUUCACAGUUUUAUAAAAUUUUGUUUUUCAUAAUGAAAUUCAAAAUGACUUAAAAUGCAGACUUUUUGCUGCAAGCUGUAUUUCUAACACUUUGAUUUCACCAUUUUCCUUUAUUCUUAAUAUUGAAUUCUCUUAAUGAUUAAACGUCGUUAAUAUUUUGCACCAUAUACAAACAACAACUAAAUGUAAAAAAUACUGAACCCAUCUACUUCGUUUAUGGUCUCUGUUUGCUCUAAUAAAACAUUCAUAUACUCUUAUUCAGAGUAAAAUUAAGAAUUACCCAAAUAAAAAACAUUUUCUCACCGUUAUGUUUUUUUCAAAACCUCUAUAUGGCUCGUUCUGCUGUAGAACACGAAAGAGGAUAUUUUGAGAAAUGUCUCAUUGGUUUUGUGUCCAUACAAUGGAAAGUCAAUGAGGUCCAAUGUUGUUUGGUUACCAACGUUCUUCAAAAUAUCUUCUUUUGUGUUCUGCAGAAGAAAGAAAGUCAUACAGGUUUGAAAUGACGAGAGGAUGAGAAAAUUCUGAAAGAUUUUAAUUUCCCUUUGCUACGGAGCUACGCCCUACGGAAAAUGAUUACCACCCUUGUUACAAAUUAUUAGCACAGAAAUGGUAUUAAGUAUUUUACUUUGUGUGUGCCAUAUUCAGAUAGAAAUUCACUAUUUCUUGGAUUAUUGAAUGCCGUUUUUAUCCAAUUGGCAAACUACAUAACAUAAUAUUGUAUUAAGAAAAAUAGUAAAUUGCAUUAACACAAAUUCACAAAUAAACAAA